UCUGCAUAUUAAUUAGUGGCUUAACCCACUUUCCUGCCCUCCUGGGAGGCUUUGAGUGGCAUUAGGGCCAGGAAGGCAGAGGCCGGGCCCUCCAAAGUCUUCAAAGCCAAGGGGCUCUGCCGGAGGCGCCUUUCCUUCCGAAAAGGGCUUGGGAGGCUCUGGCAGGUGAGGCAGCUGCGCCAGGCUGCUGUGGAGCCACUUAAGCCUUUGCCCAGCCUUGUGGUCAAAGGCACCGCCUGGCAGCUGUGAAAGCAGAUCUUAGAACAAAACCCCGGUUGCCAAAAGGGAUUAGGAGCAGGAAAGGCAGGUGACGGCCAGCAGGUGCCUGGGAUGCCUCCCUCCUCCUCCUCCGCUUUGCCCUGGGCCUUUGAACUGGCUUUGAUGCGCUCUAAUUAGGGAUGGCUGGGAGGAGGGCCAGGCCUUCCUCCUCUCCUCCUCCUUCCCCCUGCAUUGACUUUGAGCAUUUGUUUUGAAGUGGGGAUCAAAGGGACUGGCAGCGCCAGGGGGGUCUGGUGAAAGAGGGAGGGAAAGGCAGGCACCCGCCCUAUAAAUAAAGCCAGGAAUGCUCCAAUGGCCUGCCAGGGGCUCAGCCUCUCAAGGAACAACCCACCGGCCCCAAAAUACUCCUGGUGUGAAUGCGGUACGCUCUCUCUCUGACAUUUAGCCUGUCAAGGAGCCAGAGGGACACAGUUAACCAGGGCUGAGGGUGAAGCAGGGACCCACUGGGAGCAUUGAGGAUGGAAGCUGGGCUGCUGCUGGGGCUCACUUGCCUCUGCUCUCCUUUGGCUGCUCUGGUGCUGGACUUCAAUACCAUCCGGGGCUCAGCUGAAGUGUCCACCUCUGGAAAGAGCACCCAAUGCUUGACCGACAAGGACUGUCCAGUUGGGAGAUUCUGCCACAAGACCAGGGAGGAGCUGCCCUCGUGUGCUGCUUGCCAUGGGCUACGAAGGAGGUGCCAGCGGAGCACCAUGUGCUGCCCAGGGAUGCUCUGUAUCAAUGAUGUGUGCAGUCAGGCUGAAAGGAUGAUGCUGGCUGGAGGACGGAAGAAGCCCAAUGAUCGGACAAGGGUUGGCUCAAAGGACACAAUCCAGCCUCCUCUUCCAUCAGGCCGCGUCUUGAAGGAAGGAAACCCCCAAACGCCACCUGGGAAAGCCCAGGAGGGUGAGAGCUGCCUCCGUACGGCCGACUGUGUCCGGGGCCUGUGCUGCGCACGCCACUUCUGGACCAAAGUCUGCAAGCCAGUCCUCAUGGAGGGCCAGAUCUGCUCCAGGCGAGGGGGGCAGAAGGAAGGUGCUCAGGGCCCCGAAAUCUUCCAGCGGUGCAACUGCGGCCCAGGACUGUCCUGCCAGCUGCCGCUUGGUGGGGCACCCCAGCGAUCCCGCUUGCGAGUCUGCCUGAGAAAAUAAACAGGCCCCAGUUCGUUCUGUAAAGCAGAACAUUUCCUAAGAUUGAGAAGAUCCUCUGGGCAACAAAUGCAACAAGACCAGAGAAAAAUCCCAUCACUUCACUGUAACAUUGGGCCCCCAGCCAUGGCUACCUGGGCAAAGGGAUGCCUCCAGGCUGUUCAUUGCUUACACCAGGAUUUGCAUGUCUCUCUAUGGAAGUGUGCAUGUUUAGAUCCUGCCAAAACCCUGCUGUCAGUUUCUCGGUUUGGUCAGCAUAAGUCAAGAGGUGACUUGAAUGGUGACAGAUACAUAGACAGACACACCCAGCCGUGUGUGUCAAAUAAGUUUUUGUAGGGCUGGGGCUGGAGCACCAUUUAGGUUUCAGCUCCAGGAGUGGAUUUAGACCUUUAAUUAUCCUGGCUCCCUCCUGGGGAACCUUGGGAUUUGCAGUUAUUUUUACCCAGCUCUCUUUAUUGUGAGACAGAUAAAACCAUUUUGGGUGGAAACCAAUAUAAUAAUUUAAACAGCAAAAGACAUAUCCAACAAGCCAAAAACAACUGAGUUUUUUAAAAAUGUCUACUGUAUUUUUAAAGCCUUGUCUGAUCUGACACCCAAAAGAAAUCAAUGCUGGUGCUAGAUGGGCCUCACAGGGGAGGGAACGCCACAAGUGGGAUGCCACAGUAGAGAGGGCCUUGUUCCUAUGUCCUCCCCUAUGGCAUUGCCCCCAAUCUGGCAGAUCUGUCCUCAGGAAGGCAUAACUAGGGAGAGGCACUCCUUCAAGUAUGGACCUCCCAAAACAUUUAGGGUUUUCCCUGGGGUGACCAACCUAUUGACUAUUUAAUGGACAACAUAAAUAUUUUAAUGUUCUUGGGUAUAGCAUAUACUGUGUGUAUUUAUUAGGGACAUGGAAUUGUGGCAAUGGUCUGUUGUUGUAAUCCACCUUGAUUCCUCUGGGAAAAGGCGGAAUACAAAUAAAUUAUAUUAUUAUUAUUGUUGUUGUUGUAUACCACCUCAGUUCUAAGCAACUUGUAACUAUUUGUAAAUAAAUUAGCUUUUCACCUGGGUUCA